AUGUACAGAUCGCUGGAUGAAACCCGGCCCGUCAACGACAACUGCGGCUGGGAGCAUGUCUCGACGGAUCUCACGACAUUCCACGACUACAGCGACUCGGCCGAACUAGCCAAAAUGUGCUCAAGGAUGGAAAAUGGGAUCCUGGCCCGAAAGCUCCACGGCGAACUGUUUGUCGAGCCUAUCCGCGAAGGCACCAACAUCAUCAUCGACCCCGGUGCCAGGCAUACAUCCGGCGCACCGGUCAUCUGCUCGGAGUUUGGGGGCGUGAAUAUUGCCCCGGCAAAGGAUGAACAGGGGUCUGGGAAGGACUGGGGAUAUACCACUGCGGCGGAUCCGAAUGAUCUCUUGGCAAGAUUGGAGAAAUUGGUCAUGGCGGUUGUUAAGGGGGGGCAUACGUGUGGGUUUGUUUAUACACAGUUGACGGACAUCGAGCAAGAGGUCAACGGGCUCUACUCGUAUGAUCGGAGGGAAAAGGUUCCUGCGGAUCGAGUCAAGGUGAUUAUGGAGGCUGCGAAGGACUACUACUACAAGGAGGUGCUGGAGGAGAAACACUUUAUUCGAAAGGUGCUCAGGAGGGCAGCGCAGAAGCUGUUUCAGUGA